AUGAGGGAUCGGGAACGUGAUAGGGAUUAUCGGCGUGGCGAAGGAAGGGAGCAUGACACAAGCGGCAGAAUCGUUUACGUUGGAAACCUCCCCUUGGACGUCAAACACAGGGAGCUUGAGGACCUGUUCUACAAAUAUGGUCGUAUCAGGAACGUCGAUUUGAAAUUGCCACCAAGACCCCCUGGGUUUGCCUUUGUGGAGUUUGACGACCCAAGGGAUGCCAUGGAUGCUGUAAGGGGAAGAGAUGGAUACGAAUUUCUUGGCAACAGACUCAGGGUGGAAGUUUCCCAUGGUGGCGGCCGUGGAUACUAUCGUAGCCAAGGCUCUGCCACUUACGGCAUGUCUCGCAGGACAGAGUUCAGGAUCAUAGUGACUGGUUUGCCCAGCUCUUGCUCUUGGCAAGACCUUAAGGACCACAUGCGGAAGGCUGGUGACGUCACAUUCGCGCAGGUGAUGAGGCCCUCCAGAGGCUAUGACAAGGGUAUGAGGGAUCGCGAUGGGAUGAUGGGUCUUGUGGAUUAUGCAUCAUAUGAAGACAUGAAGCAUGCCGUUCGCAAAUUGGACGACUCGGAAUUCCGCAACCCUUUCGACAAGAGCUUCAUUCGUGUUCGUGAGGAUCGCGGGGGCAGGUACUCCAUGCCCCGCUCUCGUUCUCCAAGGUCUCCUCGAUCGCCCAGAUCGCCAGUCUCCAGCCGCAGCCGGUCCAGGUCCCACAGCCGGACUCGAAGCAGGAGCAGGUGUGAUGGCAGCAUCAGUGCCAACCAAAGCUGUUAG